CUCCCUCCAGCCCCGCAAACCCUCUCCCCUCCCUUCUCCUACCUCCCACCCCCAAACUCGUCCCCUCCCUCUCUCUCCCGCCUCCCCGCUCCCCUCCCUGUCCCUUUCCCACUCCCCCCCUCCCUCCCGUCCCCCGAGCCGUCUCCCCUCCCUCUGCCCCCUCCCUCUCCCCGGGGCGGGGCGGGCGGCUCCGCGGGCGCGGGUGGGCUCGGCUCGCUCGGGCUCGGCUCGGGUGGGCUCAGCUCGCUCAGGCUCGGCUCGGGUGGGCUCGGCACGGCUCAGCCCGGCCCGGCACGGCCCGCCUGCAUGCGGCGGCGGCGGCGGCGGGGCUGCCGGGCGGGAUGAGCGGCUCGGGAAUGCCGGGCGGGAUGAGCGGCUCGGGAAUGCCGGCAGGGAUGAGCGGCUCGGGAAUGCCGGCAGGGAUGAACGGCUCCUCGGCGGGGCUGCCGGGCGGGCUGAGCGGCCCGGCGGGGCUCCCGGGAGCGCUGCCCGGUGCCGGGGGACUGCCGGGAGGGCCGAACGGCUCGGCGGCGGCGGCGGCGGGGCUGCUGGCGGGGGCCGGGGGCGCGGCGCUGGAGCUGGAGCGGGCGCUGCGCUGCUGCACCGCCGCCUCCGUGGUGACCGACGGCAGCGGCGCGGCCGAGGAGCGCAGCCUGUACAUCAUGCGGGUCGUGCAGAUCGCCGUCAUGUGCGUCCUCGCCCUCACCGUCGUCUUCGGCAUCUUCUUCCUCGGCUGCAACCUGCUCAUCAAGUCCGAGGGGAUGAUCAACUUUCUGGUGAAGGACCGCCGGCCGUCCAAGGAGGUGGAGGCGGUGGUGGUGGGGCCCUACUGACCGCCCGGCCCCGGGACAGCGCCCGGCCCCGCCGCGGACACGCCGCCGUCUCGGCUCGGAGCUUUUUCCUCCUUAAAAACCGUCCCACGGACGAUUCCCGGGAUCCCGGAGGCCUCGGAGCCGCCCGGCCCGGCCCGUCCGCCCGCGGGCUGCCGAGUAAAACGUGCUCUCAUGGCAA